UAAAUUUUUUUCCAUGAAAAUUUACGUAAGUGUCCCUUUUUCUUUUUAGAUCUUCUUGUCGCUUAAGUAAAAAGUACCAGGCUAUGCAACCAAGUCUUGAAUAACAAAAGCAAAUCCAAGGAAUAGAAGAAAAUGGCGAGGUACGAUAGAGCAAUCACAGUGUUCUCGCCGGACGGCCAUUUGUUCCAAGUUGAAUACGCCCUCGAAGCAGUCCGUAAAGGUAACGCCGCCGUUGGUGUCCGCGGCACUGACAUCGUCGUCCUCGGCGUCGAGAAAAAAUCUACCGCCAAGCUCCAGGACUCCAGAUCGGUUAAGAAGAUUGUGAACUUGGAUAAUCACAUUGCACUGGCAUGUGCUGGCCUCAAAGCCGAUGCUCGAGUCCUCAUAAAUAGGGCUCGGAUUGAAUGUCAAAGCCACAGGCUGACUGUUGAAGAUCCAGUUACUGUUGAGUAUAUUACUCGAUACGUUGCAGGUCUUCAGCAGAAGUACACUCAAAGCGGAGGUGUUAGGCCGUUUGGUCUCUCAACUCUGAUUGUGGGCUUUGAUCCAUACUCCGGUGUACCGUCACUAUAUCAGACGGAUCCAUCAGGGACAUUUUCAGCCUGGAAAGCUAAUGCCACUGGUAGAAACUCUAACUCAAUCAGAGAGUUCCUAGAGAAGAACUAUAAGGAAACCUCUGGACAAGAAACCAUUAAGCUUGCAAUUCGUGCUUUGCUUGAGGUUGUUGAGAGUGGGGGAAAGAAUAUCGAAGUUGCUGUGAUGACGAAGGAGCAUGGUCUGCGGCAGCUUGAAGAAGCUGAAAUUGAUGCCAUUGCAGCUGAGAUUGAAGCAGAGAAGGAAGCGGCUGAGGCUGCAAAGAAAGCCCCUCCAAAGGAAAAAUAAAACAUCAACUGUUUGAGCUUCUUUUAACUUUUCUCUCCUUUGUUCUUUUAAAGGAUGUUGUCUGGGUUCUUUUAGUUGACAGUUGAUGUACUCGGCCUCAAACUUUCAUUCACCCGUUGGAGCUUCAUUAUUUACCGUUGUUACUGUCUCAUUUUCGUUUGUUAAUUUCAAGAUAUAUAAUUGAUUUGAUGUUA